GUAACCAUUGCCUCUUUCCUGACUGCAAUAAUAUUGGUACUUUGCACAGUGUUUCAGACAAAUUAAGAUCUGUAAUAUUAAGUAACCAUAAAUAUUAUGUUCCAAAACUAGCCCGAAUCUGUAGCAUUCAUUUAUUUAGAAAUUCAUGGGAUAGUCUGUACGAAUCAGAGAAUAGCAUUAACGUAUUUAAUGUUGAGCAUGUUCAACACAUAUUUUCAUUUGUAAAUGCAUUUAAUCCUACACUAGACUUUGAAAAUUUACAAGAAAUGGAUGACCAGAUAUUUGAAUAUUGGGUGGGGCUAUCUAAAGAAAACUUUUAUUUAAUAUUAGAGGAAGUACCAAGAAUUUCAGAAAUGAAAAGCGGGAGGCUAGGUCUUGUGACUUUGCUUCUAAAACUAAGAACAGGAGAGUCUGAUGAAAGGAUAGCCACUUUAGUGCAAAAGCCACGUCGUAGUUUAGAGGUAUUAAUGGACAAAGUUCGGGAAGUACUUGUGCAUGAUUAUGUACCAAGACAUCUAGGUAUUAAUCAUAUUUCUAGGGAACAAUUACUAGGCCAUAAUCUGGUUAUACCAAAUGGCAUAUAUGGCAAUAGUAAUAAUGUCAUAGUGAUCUGUGAUGGUACCUAUAUUUACACUAACAAGAGUAGUAAUUACAUGUUUCAAAAAGAUAGUUACUCUCUUCAUAAAUACAGAAACUUAUUAAAGAUAUUUUUAAUUGUAACUUGUGAUGGCUAUAUUGUUGACUGCUUUGGCCCAUACAAAGCUACAACCUCAGACGCUGAAAUUAUGUCUUCAUUAUUUAGAAAUGAGUCAUCCGCCCUUAGGUUUUAUUUCAGAGAAAAUGAUAUCUUUAUUUUAGAUAGAGGAUUUAGAGACAGUAUUGGUUUAUUACAAGAAUGUGGCUAUCGAGCAUAUAUGCCAGAUUCUCUUUUGGAAGGUGAGCACCAAUUAACCACAGCUCAAGCAAAUCGGAGCCGCUGCGUUACCAUGUGUCGAUGGAUAGUAGAGGUGGUAAAUGGUUAUUUAAAACGAGACUUUAAAAUACUCAGACAAGAAUAUUGUCAUCGGUCUCUACCACAUAUGAUGCAGAAUGUUCAAAUAGCAGCGGCUCUAUUAAACAGCUUUGAGUUUUCAUCUAAAAAUGGUCGAGCGAAGUUACGAUCAACAGAAGAACUUUUACUAGAUGAAGUAGUACUUGAGUUAGUGCUAAAACUAGAACUGCAAGAGCUAUUAGAGCUGGACGAAGAACUUGAGCCAGAAGAACGACGUCGCGUGAUAGAUUUCUGCGGAGAGGUCAUGAUAUUUCUAUUUCCUGUUAGCUCGUCACUUCCUACAGGUGCCACCGAAUGCUAUAAUGUUUCAAAGGGUAGAUCAUCCUCACUGUAG